UGCGCGCUUCCGCCCGCGGCGGCGGCGGCCGGAAGGUGAUGUGGCGGAGCGCGGCGCGAUGUCUGCCAUCUUCAACUUCCAGAGUCUGCUGACUGUGAUCCUGCUGCUCAUAUGUACCUGUGCCUACAUCAGAUCCUUGGCUCCCAGCUUACUGGACAAAAAUAAAUCCGGACUGUUGGGGAUAUUCUGGAAAUGCGCCAGGAUUGGUGAGCGCAAGAGCCCCUACGUGGCUGUGUGCUGUGUGGUGAUGGCCUUCAGCAUCCUGUUCAUGCAGUAGCAGCUGGAGAGUGUCCCCGAGUACCCAACAGCAGAUCUUGUGUCAAGAAAGGAUGGGAAGCCUCAGCAAGUCUCCUCUCACACGAUGGAUAACCUGUCUCCUGGUGGACACCCCUGCAGAUGGACCAGCAUUAGUGAUCACAACCCAGAUGAGAUGUGCUGGUUAAUGCCAGGUCAGCACUGACACUCCUGCUGUAACUCGUGGAAGGGUGUCUGGUGCGUGUCUGAGUUUCAGGGGAGCUCUUCUCUUUCUUUCUUUUUUUUUUUUUUUGGUUUUUUUUUUAACACCAUGCAGUUGAAAAGGCUUGCUGUUUUUAAUUCUUUAAAAUUUCUUGUCCAGUAGAUCUGUUGAUUGAAACGUUAAAAUGGGAAAUCAGCCACAGCAAUAAGACCACCUUUUGAAGAAUAAAGAGCAUUUUGGCUCUAGGGGAUGUUUAUCAAAGUAUUUUUAGUUCUUGCUACCUAAACAAUUCCUCUUGAUUUGUAAGUGAUGGCUCCACUCUCAUCCUAAAAAUACGACCUCUGACCUAAGUUACACUCAGCUAUUUGUUUCUAAAUGUGUAAUUUCUCAAAUAAUCUCUCAAUAUUUCUGUUGUUAAGAUAAGAUUUGAAAUAAAGGCAGGGACCAUAAUUGUAGUGAUGUCUGAUUAGCUGCUGAGAAGGCAGAGAUGGGGGAUCUGAGACACCUGGGUUGCUCUCUGUAAAAUACCACAUGUACUCAUUUUUAGAGGUCCCAAAAUGUUGUGAAAAGGAUCCAAAAGGCUCUGCUGCUGCUGUUGCAUGCAUGGAAAGAUUUCUGAAUUAGCAGAGUGAACAGCUGCAGAUAAGGAAGUUGCAUGUCAUAAUGUAAAGGUUGAAGCAACUAAAUUACGCUCACCAGUAGUAAAGAUUAGAUUACUUUUAAUGAUACCUCCCAUUAGGACUUAUUUCUUAAUUUUGCACACUUUUAGUGAUAUAGUGACUUCUUCAAUAAUGCCUGUCACGUGUGUGUUGUAUCAGACAACGGUGUGACUUCAUACUGGCUGCAUGUGGGAGAGUUGUCUGUUUGCAGUAUUUGUUGUUCUGGAAGGGCUUCUGGUCAGAAGAAACAAAGCUAAAAAGUAAAACACACUUAAAGGUAUGUUAACUGUUGUCAUUCUUGUUUGAAAACAUACUUUUCAUCAAUCCAAUUUAUCCUGCAACUAGGAAAAAGGUGAUUUUGAGUUAUGACCUUUGUGUUGUCUCACACCUACCCGCGACUCUAAAUCACCAUCAGAAGUAGCCAUCCAAACUUUUCUAUUCUGGGCUCAGGAAAAAAAGAUUUCUCUAAUUUGGACCAAAUAAAUACCCGUGGCUGUGAACCAGAGCAGUGCAGAGCUGUAGGAUUGUAACCAUGCUGUGCACACACAGAAGAAGACUGGGCAGGAGAUGAGGAGAGUGCAAAAUCUGCUCUGUAACUUUAAAUCUGGAUGCUGCUCCAAACAGGGCAUCAAAGCAACUCCGGUUUGGAUUUCAAAGGAGCUGUUCCUCAACAGGGGGAAGGGAGAUUCCUAAAAAGUCUUGGGUUUUGACUGUCAGGUGUAUACACGUUAAAAAUAUGCAGAGAAUCAGCUGGUAACUUUUUAUGAGCACUUAUAUUCUAGUUAUUACUUCUGUUAAUAAAUAGUGGCAUUUUUAUGGUAUUCACACAUUUCCUAGUCAUCCAAGAUGUUCUAAUUACCAGAUGAAUUCUUAAUAAACCAUGGGGUUUAGCUGCAAGUAGGAAUACCAGUGAAAGAACCCAGUGAAAUUUUUUGUUCUGAGUGUCUGAAAUCUACUAACAUGGAGGAACUGUGUUGCAAAAACCUUCUCUGUUAAGGUUUUACCAUCCAAGAAGCUCAGACAAGCCUCUUCCUGUUUGUUACUUGUUGUUCAAACUUUAUUUGUUAUAUAAUGCAGGUGAUGGAUACUUAGUUGGGAUUUUUUUUUUUUUUUUUUUUUUAAUUUUCCUUCUAAAUGACAUAUUCAGGCUGUUCAUUAGGAGCUAGCUGCAUGGCUGCUCAACAAAACUGUCUGGAAACAAGAUCUUUAACCUGGCAAACUGCAGUUGUUCUGAAAUUGCUGCUUCAGGCAGGUGUUUGCCUCAGGAGUAGGUCUUUGGUUUUCAAGUUUUUAGCUUUGAAGAGAUUGAUACCUCAUGUCUUUUAGUAAGAUAUAGAGUAAAUACUGGUUUCCCAGGUUAGAAUCUUAAAACCAUUUUGCUUUCUUGACUUCCUUUUUGUCAUGCAAAAGAGUUGGCACCCACAGCAGGUCUGUACACCUUUCCCUGUGCAAAAGAACAGUGAUUAAAUGUGACUGAAGCUGUA